AAAAAGUGGCUGUUCAUUGUGCGGCUUCAAAUGUUCUUGCAACUUUGGCAUUCAAAGGGACGAUAUGCUAUUCCAACCAGCAAAAGGAAGUCCAUGAGACAUGAAAAAAGCAGUAAUUUUGUGGGCAUAUGAUCCAGCAGAGAGAGAUGCAAGACUAGCCAAUGAAGCAUUGAAAGCAGAAAAGAAAACCACAAAGCAACUGCAAGUGAUAGUAGAAAUAGCAUGUGCACCAUCUUCUCCUCACUAUCUUCAAGCAGUAAGGCAAGCUUACUGUUCUCUUUUCGACUGCUCCCUUGAAGAACACAUCAUUGCAUCUAUAGUCUCUCCACCCCUUAGAAAGAUUUUGGUCAGUCUUGUAAUCUCUUACAGGUAUGAUAAAGAAUUUGUAGAUACAAAUUUAGCCAAAUCGGAGGCGGAGAAGUUGCACGAAGCCCAAGGAUAUGAUGAUCUAGUGUUCAUCCUCAGCACUAGAAAUGUAUAUCAACUACGAGCAACUUUCCGAAGCUAUCAGCAAAACUUCGGAAACCCUAUUCACCAGGAUGUACAGAAAUGUGGAAAUGGUGAUAUGGAAUCUCUGUUGGAAGUGGUGAUUUGCUGCAUAGAUUCUCCAGAGAAAUAUUUCUCAAAGGUGAUCGGAGAUUCCAUAAUUAGGCUUGGAACCGACGAAGAUUCAUUGAUUAGAGCAAUUGUGACGACAGCUGAAAUUGACAUGAUGAGACUCAGAGGAGAGUAUUUCAACAUCUUCAAAACUAAUCUUGAUGGUGCUGUUGUUGAUGACACUUCUGGUGAUUAUCAGAAUUUCUUGAUGACUUUACUUGGUGCAAACAUUUGAUCAUGUGUUAUGCCCCUCUCAAUAUAUUUCUUCUGAUUUCUGAAUUGUACGGAAUUAAAAUUUGUGUUUAUGAUCUUAUUUAUAGUUCUCUCUCUCUGGUAA